AUGCUUCGCUUAGUAGCAACCUCUACCGCAGCCUCUCGCUUCUUCUCCACCGUCUCCGGCCGCUCUAAACUCAUCGGAGCCAUAAACUCCGAAAUCAAGGCCAUUGAGUUGGAUGUCAUGAAAAAAAGGGCGGUGCCGGCCGAUCUCCCGUUCACGAUCGAAGACGAAGAUAAGUACUGCCACAUCAUGUUAAAGAGAGAUUUGGGCCCCGAGAGAAUCGAGGUCACCGUGAACCCUAUCCAUGAUAUACCUAAAAAAACCGACGACGAUAAAAAAUCGGAGGUUGGAAAAUUUGUUCGCAUAAAUGUGUCUAUCUCUAAAGAGGACAAGGGUACAUUUGACGUGGGAGCAAAUGUUAGUGGUGAUGAAAUUUGUGUUGACAAAUUAUCAUUUUGUGAGGCUAAUAGUUAUGAUCCCUCUAUUAGAUUGGAUGGUGCAAAGGGUGAAUUGAAGGAUGCUUUGAGUGAUUUUGUGAAAGCAAGAGGCAUUGAGAUAUCGAGUGUUGGGUUUUUGUACAAUUAUAUGGUGGAGAAACGCAAACGUUGGGAUACGAUUUGGGUUCCUACCAACAAGCCUCAGGCUGGUCACCUCAAAAAUUUGAAUAAAUUUGUUGAGAAUUGGUAGACUUUUUUAUGCAUUGAUGUACCACUUUCUUGAUUUCAAUAAUUGACAAG